AUGGCUUCCUCUUCGAGAGCCUUGGCUCGCUUUGGCGCUGCUGCCAGACAGUUGUCUGCGCCUGAAGCUGUCGCCAAGCUUGCCAGACCCCAUGCCAACUUCGCGACCACCACAUCGGCGCGAAAGCCCGACCUUUCCGCCUCUCCCAUCAUCGCGAGGGCGCGACCCGUGUCGAGCCAGUUCACCUUCACGAGGUCAUACGCCGAUGCGCCGCCGCUUCCCAAGAAGAGAUCGGGCAAGAUUCGUACCACCUUCAGGUGGAUGUGGCGUGGCACCUACUUGUCUUUGCUAGGCCUUGUGGGAGCUGUCAUAUACGAUGGCUAUUUAGAUCGUUAUCCAGACGUGCAAUUUAUCCCCGAUCCCGAGAAGAAGACAUUGGUCGUUCUUGGAACCGGCUGGGGUUCAGUCGCUCUCCUCAAGAAGCUCGACUGUGCCAACUACAACGUUAUUGUCAUCUCUCCGCGCAACUACUUUCUCUUCACCCCUCUGCUCCCGUCAUGUACCACCGGCAACAUCGAACACCGCUCCAUCAUGGAGCCCGUGCGCCAGAUUCUCCGUCACAAGAAGGCUGCUGCCAAGUUCUACGAGGCCGACGCCACCAAGAUCGACUACGAGAGGAAGGUCAUCAAGAUUUCGGAUAACAGUGACGUCAAAGGCACCAUCAAUGAGACCGAGGUACCCUACGACAUGCUCGUCGUUGGCGUAGGUGCCGAAAACGCUACCUUUGGCAUCCCUGGUGUCCGUGAACACAGCUGCUUCCUGAAGGAGAUACGUGAUGCUCAGGCUAUCCGAACCAAAAUUAUGGACUGUGUCGAGACUGCCGCCUUCAAGGACCAAGAUUCCGCCGAGAUCGAUCGUUUGCUCCACAUGGUCGUGGUCGGUGGUGGUCCUACUGGUGUCGAGUUUGCCGGCGAACUGCGUGACUUUUUCGACCACGACAUCCAAAAGCUCAUUCCCGAUAUUGCUCCCCGUUUCAAAGUCACUCUUGUCGAGGCUCUGCCCAACGUCUUGCCCAUGUUCUCUAAGCAGCUUAUCGACUACACAGAAAGCACUUUCAAGGAGGAGCACAUCGAGAUCAAGACGAAGACCAUGGUCAAGAAGGUUACCGACAAGACUAUCGAGGCCGAGAUCACCGGACCUGACGGCAAGAAGUCCUUGAUUACCAUUCCAUACGGUCUCCUGGUCUGGGCUACUGGUAACGCUGUCCGUCCCUUGGUCAAAGAUCUCAUGUCCCAAAUCCCUGCUCAGAAAGACUCGAGGCGAGGUCUGGCUGUGAACGAGUACCUUGUUGUUCAAGGUGCACGCGACAUCUGGGCUGUUGGUGACUGUGCCGUGGCUGGAUAUGCGCCAACUGCGCAAGUGGCCUCCCAAGAAGGUGCUUUCCUGGCAAGGCUGUUCAACAACAUGGCCAAGACCGAGGCUCUGGACACCAAGGUGAAGGAGCUCAGCUCCAGCCUGAACGUCAGACCAGGCAACGCAGCCGAGAUCACAUCCGAGAUUGAGAGCCUCGAGAAGCAGCUGCGCCGUCAAAAGGAUAUCAAGCCUUUCCACUACUCGCACCAGGGAAGCUUGGCAUACAUCGGCAGUGAAAAGGCUGUCGCUGAUGUCGCCUGGUUCAACGGCAACCUCGCUAGUGGCGGCAAGCUCACCUACCUUUUUUGGCGCAGCGCCUACUUGAGCAUGUGCUUCAGCACCCGCAACCGGGUUCUCGUCGCUAUGGACUGGAUCAAAGCCAAGGUCUACGGCCGGGACGUUUCUCGGGAGUAA